AUGAACGGAACUACGCACUCGUCGAAGAAGCGGCGGUUUGAAGAGGAGGAGCCUACAACACCCACCAAGUCUCGUCGGACUAUCACGGACGAAGAUGUCGAUGCCGAUGAACUUGGGGAUCUACCCAUUGCAACCCCUCGAUCGCGAAGGCCUUCCUCUGCCAAACAAAACACCACCAAUGGUUCCGCGAGGAGAACUAUGUCACAACGGACUUCAAAACAGGAGCUAUCUUGUGGGCCGAAUUCAGAUAUUUCAGAUGAGCUGGGGCUACGGGAACAGGAAGACCGGAGGCAUUCACGCAACGCGGCUGCCGUGGCGUCUGGGAAGAGGAUACGAACUCCGUCUGCGAAGCUGAGAGCCUCAGAAGCAACUCAGGUCACUCCAAAACGGCGUCUCCCCCUAACAGCCAAAUCCUUGGACAGGGUCAAGGACAAGCCAACUGCCCGCGAAUCAAAGUCCGCAACACCGGUGAAAGGAGACAAUGUGGGCGUUGAUGACCUUGCUACGUCAAAUGGAGUGCACCUGCAGAGUUCAAUUACCAAACCCCAACCCUCCUCAUUGCGCAAAACCCCUAGGACCUGGCAAAAGGCUGAGUCGCUCGUCAAUGGUAUAAACGGUAGCGAAAACUAUCUUGCAGUUAGUCCUUAUUCUCCUGGGCUACGACGUGUGCCUAAAUCUACGCUUUCGACCGAAACUGUUACAACCAAACUGCUACCUAAACUCCAACGUGUGAAGGAUGGCUUACUGGCCACUAAAGGCAUCUCAUUCAAUGUGCCAGCGUUGAUCCAUGCCGUUGUCGGAAAGGUCACACAAAGAAACACCUCCAAACUGAUAGGCUUGGAAGAUUCAUAUGGAAAGGUGUACCAAUUGUUAGAGCAGACGGUCUCUGCGGGCGAAAGCAACACUUUGAUGAUAACCGGGCCUCGUGGUAGUGGCAAAUCUGCAAUCGUCCACGAAUCAAUCAAGAGUCUGCAGAAGGACCAUGGAGACAGCUUCUUCGUUGUCCAUCUUGACGGAUUCAUACACACCGAUGAUAAAAUUGCUUUGCGAGAAAUAUGGAAGCAGUUGGGAAGAGAAAUGAGCAUUGAGGAUGACGACGUUGGAAAAAGCUAUUCCGAUAUCUUGGCCAAGCUGCUUGCGCUUUUGGAAAGCCAAGGAGCGUCUCAGGAUGCCGGCGAGGUGUCGAAAUCCGUCAUAUUCGUCAUCGAUGAAUUCGAGUUGUUUGCAUCACACGGACGGCAGACCCUCCUAUACAAUCUUUUCGACAUCGCCCAAGCACGGAAAGCGCCGAUAGCAGUUCUCGGCUUGACUACGAGGAUAAAUGUUGUUGAAAGUCUGGAGAAACGCGUUAAAAGCCGGUUCAGCCACCGAUAUGUUCAUGUUUUCCCUGCAACAAGCUUCACUCAAUUCAAAGACCGAUGCAAGAGCGGACUUCUUCUGCAUCAGGCUGAGAUGCUCUUCCAGGCGAAAGCAGGUAUUUCAGAGACCGAACAAGGGGCGGUCUCGUUGUCAGAAUGGAAUGCUAUCGUAACAGAACUGUUCGAAGAUGAAUCAUUCCUCUCAUCGUACGUGUAUCCGACCUUCUAUCGUACGAAAAAGGUCCAAGAAGUCUGGUCGGGACUAUUGCUCCCCAUUACCACACUCCAGGACCUUUCCUCCACAACCGCUGUGCAAGAGCAUCUCUUGCUGCAUUCUGCGGACGUCCUCAGUUUCCCAGAUUCAAAACUUGGUGCGCUACGGCAGCUAUCAGAGCUCCAGCUAGCCCUCCUCAUCUGUGCAGCGAGGUUGGAUAUUAUCCUUGAUACUGACACGUGUAACUUCAAUAUGGCCUACGACGAAUAUGUGUCCCUGGCGGCAAAGGCACGUAUCCAGAGUUCAUCCAGUGGAGCGAUAGCUACCGGUGCCGGGGCACGGGUCUGGAGCCGUGAUGUGGCUCGAGGCGAGUGGGAGAAACUCAUCGACCGCGCAUUACUGAUUCCUGCGUCGGCUGUCCCGAUUGGUGGAGAAUUAGGUACGACAUGUAUGGUCCGGGUUGAUGCCAGCUUGGAGGAAAUCGCUGGAAGUGCACAUGGCCUGGACAAGACGCUUGAGAAAUGGUGCAAGCAGAUAUGAUGCACAGGGGCCGCUGCAGCUUGGAAGGAUCAUCAAGGACUCGAGGGAGGCAAGGAUUGUCCCUCGAUCUGCAAAAGAUAGGCGAGUGAGGCGGCCAAUAAUCUAAUUCUCUCUUCAUGCAGGAAAAAGUACACGGGCCGAUCCAAAUUGCGGACAACUUGCAUGUCCCGGACGGCUCGUCGAACGCGGACCGCCCAGAGGCGGCAGGAUAUGCCGCUAGUGUCGUUCGAGCGGAUAUUUUCGCUCUAUAAACAACAUGAUUGGACUAGAAAUUGGAAUAUGAGCAUAGAUAUGCAAGG